AUGCCAGUCGUCAUCGACCACAACACCUACCCCCAUAUCAUCGACCUCAUCGUCGCCGCAGAACCCCCGUCGGCCCUUCUCCGCCUGCGCGGCACCUCAAAGACCUUCAACAGGCGCAUUGAUGGCCUCGUCGCCCAUGCCGUUCUCUGGUCAGGCAACAGCAGUUGGGUGCCAGGCGAGAAUCCCCAGCAGCCGUGGACGAAUGUUGUCCCUCUCGUUGGACCGUCGCCUUCCAACCGAAGUCUUCCUUCCAUCCGCUGGGCGGUCAAGAUCCUCGACAUCAAGGGGAAUACACCAGAUCCUGAUCCCGAACUGUCAUGUUUCAAGGGAGCCCACACUGUCCGGCGCUUCGGUCGCGGAUGGGAGGUCCGCGGCAGAUAUGGCUUCCCAUUGGCACACACCGUUGUCGACUUUGUUCACUUCUCCUUCGACGCCUCGCCGCGGGGGGAUGUCGAUGUCUACACUCCACGUUUCCCUUUGCAGUUCAUCAUUCACAUCAAGUACGAUGUCUCAUGGUUUGACCUCCUGGCCGAUAGGCGCGUCAAUGCCGACAGCGGUCCGUGUGACAGACCCAACCACCACAACGUCACCUUCGUCCUCUGGCCGUAUUCUCCUGCCGGCAAGACACCUCAAGAGGGACCACUGCACUUCCUGCACCAUGCGGUCUGGAGCUUUCUCAAGCACUACGACGGCACUACCGACAUCUCCUUGACUGUUGUCGGCGUGGAGAAGAUUGCGACGCCUCAGCAUCGUGAAAGCGCCGAGGACAUUUUUACCGCCAUCACGAGCCGUGGGCCGCCUCCCUCGUCCACCAUUGUAUGGGGCGUGUACAGCUGGCUGCUUGAACCUGCCCUCGUCGACACCGUCAAGCGCGCUCUUCGCCUCAUCACUCUGGAGGAGUGGUGGCAGGAACUUGGCGACAGGAAGGACCUCUUGGGCGUGUGGCCCGAGAACCAAUCGGCGUAA